UUUUCACUUAAAGUUUUUAUUGAAACCGGCCCUUUUUUGCCCAAUCAAAUCACGCCAUUAACGGCGUUGGUUGAGUGUUUCACCGCUCGUGGCAGCAGUGUUUUCUUGCAAACAUGGCACCCGUCGCCGCAUCAACAAAGGCCGCUGGGGCCAAGAAGCCCGUCCCAAAGAAGACCACAGCCCCUAAGAAGCAGACCCUCAGGGGGAAGGGACAGAAGAAGAAGAAGAUCCAGCUCAAAUUCACUGUUGACUGCUCGAAACCAGUUGAAGAUGAAAUUAUGGAUGUUUCAAAAUUCGAGGCCUAUCUUAAGGAGAGAAUAAAGGUCGCUGGCAAGACUGGCAAUUUGUCCGGCGCUGUCAGCCUCGAGAGGACCAAGACCAAGGUCACAGUGAACGCAGACAUCCACUUUUCCAAGCGGUACCUUAAGUAUCUGACUAAGAAGUACCUGAAGAAAAAUAAUCUGCGUGACUGGUUGAGAGUGGUGGCCAAUGGAAAGGACUCGUACGAGCUGAGAUACUUCCAGAUCAACAAUCAGGAGGAUGAGGAAGAGGAGGACAAUGAUUAAUCAGUCGUGUUCCAUGCCCUUAUUUUUCUCCUGUAUCUUAUUUUGUAACGCUGAGGCAAAUAAACUCCAACCGUAUUUGCUGAAAUUUACAAAUU